CAGGGGGCUGUAACAGUCACUGACACUGUAUCUGCCCCACAGAGAGCAGCGGAACAGAGAGCGACUCAGUCUGGGAGAGAGAGAGAGAGGGAGAGACAGAGAGAGAGAAAGAGAGUGAGUGAGAGAGAGAGGGAGAGACAGAGAGUGAGAGAGAGGAAGAGAGUGAGUGAGAGAGAGAGAGGGGGAGAGAGGGAGAGAGAAGCGGGGGAGAACUGGAAUGCACCGGCGCUGAAGCGGACUGCUCUCCCGUGUUUACCUCCUGACGCUCGGCAAGUCUGAGGGAGCCGCCCGCCGCCGAAGACCCCGCCGCCUUUUGGGCCUGGAGAGCCGUGAUGAGCACCGCCCCCCCGCCGGGUCUGCCCAGGUCCCGCAGCCUCCAGCCUCGGCAGCGCGCUUAGCGGAGCCCAAACCGCCCGUCUCCCCCUCGCCUCUCUCUCCCGCCACAUAACUAACCUGUCGCCCCAGCGAGUCGGGACUCGUGCGCUACGGACACGCCGCCACCCGAAGAGGACCGAGACGCAGACGGAAGAGGGGGGCUUCGGCCGUAACCCACAGACAGAGUUUCGGAGGAGAUGUCCAAGCCUUCGCGGUUGGCCCGGCCGUCCUCGGCGGGCGCGGCGUCCAAGCUGCCCUCGCCGCGGAAGGAGAGCCAGGCCCGGCGGGCCAGGGCGCCCAGCGCGGGGGACAAGCUGACGAGGGCCGGCAGCGAGGGGAACCUGGCGAAGCAGAACCCCGCCGCGCCGCCGCCCGCCGCCCAGGAGACCCUGCCUAAGAGGAGAGCGAGCCCGCCCAAAGAGCCAGGGAGAGGCAAUCUGAGGGUGACGUCCCCCGAGGAUGCUGAGCACCUCAGCAGGAAGCAGAGCGCAGCGAACGGGAGCGGUCGCCCGGACCCCAAAGCCUGCCGCAGCGUCCCCAGGAGACACACCGUAGGGGGCCCGCGCAGCUCCAGAGAGAUCCUCGCCAUGCAGCCCUCCGACAUGGACAAGAAGCGGGAGGCCUUCCUGGAGCACCUGAAGCAGAAGUACCCUCACCACGCUUCUGCCAUCAUGGGGCACCAGGAGAGGCUCAGAGAACAGGCCUUACAGUUCAUGCUGUCCUCUCUCCAUUCUGAACUUGACAUUCAAAGGUACUUGCUGAAAAUCGAAUCAUCCCGGAGAAGCAGGAGCCCCAAGCACUCCCCGAACCCGCAGCCUGGAGUCGGGGACCUGGCGGAGCACCUCUCCGUGGCCUCGCUGGAGUCUCUGGAUGCCAUGUCCGAAGGAGAAGCCCCCGCCGCCUUCACCCGGGGCACUCGCACUCGGGCCAGCUUGCCCGUGGUGCGGUCUGCCAACCAGACCAAGGACAGGUCGCUAGGUGUGCUGUACCUUCAGUAUGGAGAUGAGACCAAGCAGAUCCGAAUGCCCAAUGAGAUCACCAGCGCGGACACCAUCCGGGCCCUCUUCGUCAGUGCCUUCCCCCAGCAGCUCACCAUGAAGAUGCUGGAGUCCCCCAGCGUGGCCGUGUACAUCAAGGACGACGCCAGGAAUAUGUACUACGAGCUCUCGGACGUGAGGAACAUCAUGGAUCACUCCUUCCUCAAGGUGUACCACAAGGACCCGGCGCACGUCUUCAGCCACAAUGCCCGGCCCACCAACGGAGACAGCAGAAUGCACAGGGAGAUGCUGUACGGGGGCAGGGAGGGGCAGCUCACUCUGAGUCGGCAGCCCAUGAGCCCCCCCGCGGCCCACCCCAUGGCAGGCACUCUGCCGCCCAACGCUGGCCUCUCCAUGCCCCCCUCGCCCUCCAGGAUCCCCUACGGGCCCCGCGGGGGGGCCAUGCCCGGCAACGCCACCCUCCCCAGGGACCGGCUGUCUAGCGUGCCCCCGAACCGCUCCGUCUCGCCCUGCCCCAGCGCCAUCCUGGAGCGGCGGGACGUCAAGCCCGACGAGGACGUGAGCAGCAAGGGCGUGGCCCUGGCGCGGGGAGAGGGCCUGUACGCCGACCCCUACCUGAUGCACGAGGGUCGCCUGAGCAUCGCCUCGUCCCACAGCGGCCACCCGGGGGACGUCCCCGACCACGGCAUGGGCGGCUUCCACCGCGCCUCCGUCCGCUCCAACAGCUCCUACGCCAGCUCCACCAUGAGCUCGGACGGCGCCGAGCACCACAGCCUCUACAGGCAGAAGUCCCGCAAGUACGGCGACAGCCAGCUGCCCACCCUGGGCUCCAAGACCCCGCCCCCGUCGCCCCACAGAAUGGCCGACGUGCGGCUGGUGGACAUCCACCCCGGCCAGGCCGCCCACAUCCCGCCGCAGGGCAUUCAGAUGGAGAGGGGCUCGCCCGUGCGCCACUCCUUCAGGAAGGACAGCUCGGGCGGCGUGGAGACGGUUACCAAGGCCAGGAGCAACAUGGCCUCGCCCGUCAUCCCCGACCUCCCGAUGGGACAGGGGGACAGGCCGCCCCACGCCAUGUCCUCCAACGACCCUCAGACACGAGAGCGAAUGAAGGCCAUGGAGCAGCAGAUUGCCAGUCUAACAGGGCUUGUUCAGCACGCACUUUUCAAAGGGCCAACUGCCAGCAGUGCCAAGGAGGCCUCCAGUGACAAAAUGGUGAAGAGGGCGUCCCCUGUCCACAGCGCAAACAGCGGAGGAGCCUCGCCCAUCCUCGCGGCCAAGAGCCCGGCCGAAAGCUCUCCGACGCCCCCUCCCCUCGCGGCCCCCGCACCCCUGCAGGCCAACCUGGCCCACUUCCGGAAGAACGUCUCGGAUCUGCGGCUGCAGCUCCUCCAGAUGAGACAGCUGCAGCUGCAGAACCAGGAAACGCUGAAGCUGAUGGUGAAGCGGGCGGAGCAGGAGAUCAGCGGGAAGCUGGUGGAGGCGGUGAAGAGGCUGGAGGACCCGGCGCAGCGGCAGAGGGUGCUGGUGGAGGAGGACAGGCACAAGUACCUGAGCAUGGAGGAGAGGGUGCUGGUCCAGCUGGGGGAGCUGGAGCAGUACGUGGACGAGCUGAAGAAGGACUCGGCGUCCAGCGCGGUGCAGAGGGCGGUGACGCUGAAGGACGUGGAGGAGGGCGCGGUGGGCCUGCGCAAAGUGGGCGAGUCUCUGGCGGGGCUCAAAGGGGAGUUCCCGGCCCUGCAGACCAAGAUGCGGGCGGUGCUGCGGGUGGAGGUGGAGGCCGUGAAGUUCCUGAAGGAGGAGCCGCACAAGCUGGACAGCAUGCUGAAGCGGGUGAAGAACCUGACGGAGACACUCAGCAGCCUGAGGAGGCUUGUCACAGACGGCCCUUUUAAAGGCUCAGAGAGUCUGGUAGUGAGGGAGACCAGCGCGGUUGCCGUGGUGGAGUCAGAGCCCCCGCCCAGCGCGGUGCAGGACUCGUCCCCGCCCCCGCCCUCGUCCGCCUCCCCCACCGGCCUCCCCGAGCCCCAGAGCUCCUCCAUUCGCUCAGAGGUGAUGCCCGCCUCGCCGCUGGUCAUUCACCACGCCCAGAGCUCGCCCGUGCACAUUCAGCAGUCCCUGCAGUCCGCCGCCCUGGUGCACCAGCCCAGCCCCCCCCUCACCCCCAGCCAAGAGCGCCACUCCCCAACCCUGGCCAAAAUCAGCACCCCCACCAUGGGGAACAGCCCCGCCCUGUCCAAGAAGCCUGUCCUGAACCCGGAGCCUCCGCCCUCCGUCGCCGAGAGCAACAGCUCCGCCCCUCAGAACCUCUUAAUCGAGGAGGUCCACAGCAGCAGAGAAAAAUCCAAGCAAAGGGCCAAGUCUAUCGAGGCCGCGGAGAAGGAGUGGGCGGAGAGGAGGCAGAACAUGGGUCAGUACGACGGGAAGGAGUUCGACAAGAUCCUCCAGGAGGCGCAGGCCAACAUGAUGAAAGGCAUCCCCAGCCUGGAGGUGGGCGAGGAAGAGGCCCCUACAGCGCCCCCUGCAGUACAGGGGGAUGAGGUGGACACGCCCCAGCCUGUGGAGUCGCCCCCGAAAGAGGCUCCGGUGCCGGAGGCGAGCCCUGAGAAGCCGGUGCAGCCCAGCCCUGAGCCCCGGGCCCUGUCCAGCCCUCCCCCCGUGGCUGAGAAGCCAGCCAAGAUCCUUCCGGAAAAGCCCGCCAAGCCCAGCCUGGACAAAGUGGCCAAGCUGAACGCGGAGAAGGCCUGCAAGUCCCCUCCCCCGCCCCCUCCCCGGCGGAACUACCCCCCGGGCUCCGGGCUGACCACCGGGAGGUCAGGGGAGGUGAUAUUCACCAGCAGGAAGGAGUCUGUCUCUGCUCAGGAGGGGGAGGAAGAGGCCGCGCCUCCGCAGCCACCCAAACCCAGCAAGGUCCCCCCGGAGAUCAAGCCAAAACCGCAGACUCCGCCUCCCAUCGUGGCCUCUGCCAUCUGCGACGAGGAGGAUGAAGGAGACAAGAUCAUGGCAGAGCUGCAGGUUUUCCAGAAGUGCACUGUUAAGGAUUUAGGGCCAAAAUGUUUUAUUGAACAUACAAGAGUUGAGCCCCAAGUCAGAGAAUUGAGGCCCGGGUCCUUAAUGUUACCCAAAGACAAAAAGCAGAACUCGGAUCUCCAGCGGGAAGAGAAAGAAUCCCACACAGACGAAAACGGGAAUGACACGAUGCGACAGAGCCCAGGGGUCAUAUACUACGUCACAGCGCAGAUCUCCAAAGAGCAGCAGCCUUCGCCGGGAGCGGAAGACCAGCCCGAGCGCAAAGAAGCCCCAGUUUCUCCCUCACAGGUUGCAAAUAACACCAGUGUUGCUUCCUCUGCUAGUCGGAUGCCGGUGCCCGUGUCUGCCAAAUCGAGACAGCCACCAGGGGGCACCGAAAAGGCAGGAAAACAGCAAAAGCUGCAGGACCCUCAGAGGCAGUUCCGACAGACUCAAAAUGGCCGAACGUCCUCCUCCUCCUCCUCCUCCUCCUCUUCCUGCUCUCCCUCCCCCCUCUCUCCCCUCUCCCCCACCUCCCUGGGCCAAGGUGCGAAGAGCAUCCGAACCAUACACACACCCAGCUUCACCAGCUACAAGCCACACAACGGGAGCAAAUCCACAAUCCCAUCCGCCUCAUCAUCCAAGGACACAGCAUGAUGGCUUUUGUUUGGUGGGUCGCAUUUGGUCGCUGUCGCAAAGCAAAGAGCAUUGCAGGUGUGCACUGUCCUCCAGCAGCUUUUUUUAAAGAUUAUUUUUGCUUUUUUACUUUUGAUUUUGGUUUUUCCUUCAUUAAUAUUUGAUUUUAAUACAGCGGCAUUCACAUGGCAAUGCUUUGUGUCUCAUUUAAAUCUUUUAAAUAGCAUUUGCUCCAUUACUAAUGUUAAUAACCUGAUAACUUGAGACAAGCCUAAAAAGAGACUCGAGGCAUAGAAUACUGUGUACAUAUACAAAAAAGACAAAACACAAGUGAUUUAGUUCUACUGAGCAGUAGUUAAUGUAGAAGUUGUCAAUAACUGACUAUUUUUUUGGGUUGUAGUUUUACUCAAUGGUAUUGAAAGUAUAUUUUUAUUAAAGCAUUAGAAGGGAUGGAAAUAUAGAACAGAUGUAUUCUGAGUGAAAACAUGUAAAACUGCUUUUAUUUUUCAAAAACAAAACUGGAUGAUUAUAAUCUAUUUUGAUCUAAUAUUAGGGAUUUUAUUUUGCCAGCGAUUACAUGGCCAUAUUAAACUUUCAAAUUAAUUAAAUACUGUAUGUCUUUUUAAAUCGAACUACAUGGCUUUAUUUUGUUUCUCUUAGCUUCCCAUUCCCAGUUUAUUUUAACAAAUAGUAUCAGUGAUAACUGGUUUUAUGAGGUUUAUCUGUUUUCUGUCUUUCGUAGUUAUUGUGCCUAUUUGCCAAAGUUGUUUGUAUUUCAUUCUCAAGGUUAUACUUAUUGAUUGAAAAACACUGUGUGGGAAUUUUAUGUGUACAGUUUGGAGUGACACGCACUCCGUUACCCUACUCUCUUCAAUAGCUUUACUGAGCUCUGUGUUCUUUAAGUUAAUGGUUCUUGAUGUUUAAAUGUAUACUAAAGGAUAGUAACUGACAUACUACCACAUGUAUAUAAAUGCUUAUCUCCUGAGAAACUUAGUAUAGUUUUGUUAACAUACCAAAGUUUAUUUCUAUGCAUGCCUUUCAGAUAUUUUAAAAGAUAUAUUUGACGCUAAUGUAAAAGAAUAAUUGUUUGCACAGAUAGAUUUUGUAAAUAUUUUGUUUCCUCAUUUUGUAAAGCUUUAAACCAUAUUGCAGAAAAGCGCUCUGGUAAAGAAAUAAUUGUGUUGGUAUUAAAAAUAAUAAAGGGC